AUUACGAUAAAAGAUCUAGACCAUGCACUCCGCACACUUGGACGUCAGUGUACAAAGAAACAAUUGGAGUACAUGAUAUGGGAAGUAGAUGAGAAUCUUGAUGGAGAGAUCAAUUGGGACGAGUUCAAAAUGAUGUAUCACCGCAAUGUAACAGACGAAACAGGCUUGGAGCCCUUCGAGCUGUUUAAUAUUGUCCAAUUCAUGACAUAUCUCCCUUCUCUCAAAAUCGAUAAAGACUUCAAAGCCCAGAUAACUGAGGAUGAUACGAUGUCCACGCUUUUUGCCCGCUAUGGC